GCRGCCGUGCACAAAGCCGAGGCGGCGCCGCCAGCACAAAGAGCCGCCGCUUCCCCCSACGUCUGCCUGCAGCCCGAAGAUGCUGGACACCAUGAGCAGCCAGUACGACUCCUUCAUCUACUGGCGGAUGCCGAUCCCGCGGCUGGACACAGCGGAGCUGGAGGGGCUGGGACUCGCCGACGGGGCCCUCUUCAAGCCCAAGGUGGCGCUGGGCAAGCGCCCUGGCGAGCAGAAGGCGGCUGAGGAAGAGGACGGCUCCGAGGAAGACGCUGCCCUGCUUCAGUUCAGCAGCUUCAAUUUCUGGAGGGCGCCCAUCGCGAGCAUCAGCUCGCUGGAUUUCGAUCUCAUUUGAAGCCCCCCUUGCCCCCUCUCUCCGCCAGGCGCGCAGGGGUUUGGGGCUGUUAGUUGUGCAUGUUGUCGGUUUGGGGGUUGUUUUGGGUUUUGCAGGCAUGUUUUUUUGACAUUGCAAAUUAACUCGGUGGUUCCGCAGGGCUCUCCGCAAAGCUGCAGCCUCGGACUCCACCCGCCCCCCAUUUUCCUCCCUUCCCAUGGGAAGUCCACGAUCGAUGGCGUGAGCAGCUCCCCCAGCUAGGGGCAAACGCAAGCAGGAGGGGCAGAAACAGCCCCAGCUGCUUCAGCUCCUUCCUCUUCUGCUUUUAUUCUAUUUAUUUAUUUAUUUAUUUAUUUAUUUAUUUAUUUAUUUAUUUAUUUAUUUAUUGCAAGGAACCCGUUUGUGCAAAGGGAGGAACGUGGGGCCUCCGUUAGCCCAUGGGAACCUGCCCUCGCCCUGCAGAAGGCCGCUCUUGCUCAGGUGCUCGCGGAGAUUUUCCCCGUUUCUCCUCGCACUCCUGUGAGCCCCAGGGUGAYCCUACGCCCUUGGGUAACAAGGAGAGCUGGAAGGCAGAAAGCAGAAUUAACAUGAGGCCACCCUGAAAAAGGAAAACGUCUCUGGUUGCCCACCUGCUUAUGCACCCCUUUCAUAGAAAGCACCCCAAAACGCUCCCCUGUUCACACRGGGAUCUUGCCGGGUGCUGUGUUUUAUUCAGGGGAGGUUUUAGGGUGUGGGCAGGCUCUGCUUCCUGGUGCCAUUUCGAAACCGGGGGAGAAGAACCCCC